AAUACAGAAUAUCACUGAGCUCUUAAUAUAAAUAUAUGAGAAUGACCACCAAAACGAAGACAUCAAGUAAACAACGAUGAGCGUCACUCCUUCUCUCAUCUCUUCUUUGAGGUCUUACUCUCUCCUCGGAACCAAAGUGGUCACACCAAGAAGCGUUGUUCUUCAACGGCGGCUCUUGUCCACAUCCUAUGUUCCUGCUACCAAAGCUGCAUUGCCGUCGUCGGCCAACGACGUUGUUCCCAAAACGCCUGCGUCUGAGAUCGUCUCCAUCUUCUACACCGCCAUUAACGUCAAUGAUUUAGCCUCCGCCAGAGAUCUCAUUGCUCAGGACUGCGUCUACGAAGAUCUUAUUUUCUCAUCUCCCUUCGUUGGCCGAACUGCAAUUCUAGACUUCUUUGGAAAGUUCAUAGAUGCAACAAGUACGGACAUGCAGUUCGUGAUAGAUGACAUUUCGAAAGAGGACUCUUCAGCUGUUGGGGUUUCAUGGCAUCUUGAAUGGAAGGGAAAAAGAUUUCCAUUUAGCAAAAGUUGCAGCUUUUACCGGUUAGAGGUUAUUGAUGGCAAGAAACAAAUUGUAUAUGUAAGGGACUGCGUCGAGCCUGCAAUUAAACCUGGAGAAAGUGUUAUUGCUGCUGUCAAAGGAGUUGCCUGGCUGCUCAGGAAAUUUCCUCAAAUUGCUGAUCGUUUCUGAUGGAAUUAUGAUGCGGCUUGCUUACUAAGUUCUUACAAAAUAAAAUUACGAACGAUUAUAAUCUUGCUUGAUCUUCAUCUACAAUUUUCUUUUCUAUACCA